AUGGCCCGCAGCACGAGGGUUCGAAGCCCAAGCAGCUCAUCCAACACGAGCGACUCGCGUCCAGCCAUCGAUCUGCCUGAAGAGUGGUCGUUCUUGCCGUUCCUCUGUCUGCCCGAUGGCGCCCACGCAAGCGAGGAGGAGUUUAUCUAUUUCCACCUUCCGCCUGUCCCGCAAUGGACCGACUAUCCUCAGUCGACGAUCUUUGGACUGGCGUGUUUCCGCCAAAUCCCCACGAGCGAACUCGUCCACAAAACCUCCGAUUUGACUCGCAGCACAGUGCAAAAGGCCGUCGUGGUGCUCGCUCGGGAGCCCGUCCUUGGGUUUGUGCGAACCAAGCUCGGACUCGUCACCCAAGCAUUCUUUGCCCAGAAGGAUUUUUCUCAACUGGAGAUUCUGGACAACCUCUUUGACAAUAUGCGUGCGUCUGUUCAUGGCUACGUGAACGAUGCAACCCUCUACGCCGGAAUAUCUCUCCGGGAACUCGUGUUUACGUUCAAGUACAAGGCUCUUCAAUUACUGAAGUUGCUUCUGCUGGAAAAAAGAAUUCUGUUUUUUGGCCAGCGCGUCGAGAAACUGUCGUCCUAUCAGUACAGCUUGGUGUCGUUGAUCCCAGAUCUUCUGAGGCACCUGGACGACGUCGGCUCGCCGCUGCUGGGCAAUGCGCCCGAUGCUGGGCACCAUGUGGACAGCAAGCCGUCCGCCCUAACCAAGAAGCUCACUGAACUCGAGGAUCUCCACCUAGCCAAGCUCAAGAACUUUGGGUUGCCGCUGCGUGUGUUUGGUAAAGGAUGCUUCUUCCAGCCAUACAUUCCGCUCCAGCAGAUCGACGUGCUGAUGUCGCCCGAGACAAAGUCGUUCCUCGUGGGCACCAGCAACGCCAUCUUCACCCAUCACAAGGCUUGUGCGAUCCAUGCUGUCGUCAACGUGGAUACCGGAAAUAUCGAGAUCACCGAUCCCGCGCUGAACGCGGCGCUGGCUUUGACGCCACCUGACCGGAGAUUUAUUGACGAAAUUGCAAAGAGCGUCACCAAUACUUGGAAUACCGAAGAUCCGGCAAGCGGAAACACCAUCGAGUUCGGCGGAAGCGACGACGAUUUGCGGGCAAGAUUCGAGCUGUAUCUUCAGACGCUCUGCGUCUCGAUGCGCGCCAGCCUCGAGCCCAACUCCUCGCUGUCUGUUUCUCCGACUGGCGGAGCCAACAAAGCUCCGCCCAAGGACUAUAUCUCGGACUACAACAUCAACUUUAUCCGGAUGUGGCAGACGACGACCAACUACAAGCUGUGGGAGUCGCAGACCUCGAAGGAUAUGGUUGAUGCCAUGAGCCCCGGACAUCCAUUCCAAGGCACAACCUCGCUCACGUCUGUGCAGCAGUCCUUGGCUGCGCGGUGGACCGAGCUCGGCAAAGCCGUCACUCCACUGCAGCAGAGUGUCGGGCGGGCUCUGUCGACAGCCGAGAUGUCCAUCUCCAAAGCAGUCUCGAGUGUCGUCGCGGAAGCAAGCAGCACAGCGACAGCAAACACACCGCAGUCUGGUACUGGCGCAGCCACUUCGACGUCGACUGCAGCCGCCGGCACUGGUGCAGGUGCCUCGGGCAACUUUCAAGCACGGGCAACAUCCCAAGCGACCCAGAUGUUCAACAGCGUCAGCAGCUGGUAUAGUCAGAAGAGGAAAGAGUGGAUUGCAACCACUCAAGCCGCCAGCGACCACGAUCUCGGCGAGCUCGAGGGCGAUGGCGCCUUUGAAGUCGUUCCGCUGCACAACGAGCCAGGACAUCCAGGGAACUGA